AUGCGACGCAAGAUUUUGCCUUUCGUUAUAGACUACGCGUGCAGAAUAAUUUAUAAACGCGGGGCGGCUGGGCUAGGCUGGAUGGCAGCGCUUGGCACGCUGGUCGAACGCUUGGCGCAGAAUUCGGCACAGUUGGGACAAUUGGGUCGCCCAGCGACCAAGCGCGCCCAGCGUGAUCGGCCCAGCCAUAAGACCCCUUGUAUGCGGGCAGUUGACUGGUGCGCAGUCUCUCAGACACUAGUAGAGAUAGAAGGCAAAAGAAGGUGGACGAGUCGUCAUAGCGCAUCAGAUGGCGAGAAGGUGCCACACAACUCACGGCUGCGGCUCGCCGCGUCUUUCGUAGGUGGCUUAGCGUGAGGCUUUUUUUUCGUCUAUGAGGUCCGUCCAGAGGAGUCGUCGGGGCCAUGUAGUGAAAAAAUAAUUGUGCAGACGCUGAAGACGGACGCUUCGCUGCUGGUUCAAGAUGGACUGUCAGAGGCGCAGCAUUUGUAAUAAGUAGCCUGAACCUGAUAGAUAUCAACUUCAACGCGCGCAAGUGCAGCUCGCUAGCUUUGUGCUAGUUUGUGAUGAGCAAGCAUCUAAUCCGUACGCGUUCAUGCUCUCGCCCGAGUGUUUGAACAACCGGGGACACGGGCUGCGCCGCGUGUUGUUGAGUCUUGGUCACGGAAUUCAUUUUUACUCCUCGUGGACCAUUUUUUCGGUUAGAUUCAAUUUCAAUGACACUCGUUGCGAGCUCUAGCGCGAGCAUAUUGGAUUCAGUAUUCGACUUCAGGAUAGUAUUUUGGUUAGUAGUUCGCCGAAAAGAUACAAGGACAGAAAUCGUAAUUGUUUGAUGCGCAGGAGACGCUCGGGGAGCGCAGUUACCUUUCCUAAAGCGCCACGGUUAAGGUUAUCAUAUUUGUUUUCUAUUUUUUAAUGAACCGACUUGAUUGAUUCGGACUUUCUGCAAAGGAUUAGCUUAGAGCCUUCAUCCAUUUGGAGCGUCGUACCUCAACCCGAUUUUUGUUUCUUUCCCGAUUCUUUCCUCAAACAAGAUGCCACUUACAAUAGCGGCUGAGUGGUCCUAUGCCUUCAUUGGUGCUGCGGCUCAGCAGAGGGGCCAUCUACUACAAUUGAUGCAAGUGGCGUGAGAGUCAAAAGCUUACUUAAUUAUGGCGGAUAAUCGGCUGGCGCGUUGGCUUUUUGUCGAAAAACUGUGAUUGUAACAUUUGGCGGCUGUCCAGGAACGGAGAGCACUUCGCGAGCUUAGAGAGACCAUAAGGUUCAGAUAAGCCUUGGCUAAAUUGAACUAUCCGUUCCGCCGAACCAAACCUAAACAAGUCGGUAACUGAUAUCCAACAUCAGUAGGCACUGCGUGAGUCAUUCUAUGUGUGCUGCUGGCCAGAGGUAUCAAGAUGUUGCGUGUCCUCUGCGCAGCAAUCCAUUGGCCACAUAAUUCUUUUUUUUCAAAACUGCGCUUAAUGAGGUGUACUCAGUGGAGGUGAAGGGUGAAGGCAACUGUCUGUCUGCGACUUGGGAUCCUUGUGUACCGUAGACUAAUUUAUCAAUCAAGUUGCACCUUUCCCAACUCAGCCGCAGGCGCCUUGUGGCUCGGGGUCCUUAAAGCAUUUUACGUGGCAGAAAAUUAAUUACACACCUUUGAGUUUUCGAUUUUCAUAUACCAAGCUUGUAAAUGUCUGCCGGCCAAGAGUAGGGUUGCAUUUCUGUGCGAGAAAGUGCAGAGAUCUACCACGGACAGCGCCUGAGACCACUCGAAAGCUAAGUACUCCUGUCCUUGUUCCAUGUAAGGAUUUAACGUGAUGCCUCCUCCUUCCUCCUGUUAUUGACGCAGCCGUGGUGUGGUGCAUCUUCACCUCGGGGCGUCUCUAGGUUCGAAGUAGGCGCAUUUGUGGUAGUCGGCAAUGAAAUGGUGGGGUGUCGGCCAGCGCUAAGAUGUUUACAUUGUAGCGCAUCAUGAUGGAAAGGAGAAGCUUCCUCGUCCGUAUCUUCUUAUGUAGUCACCUCCUAGACCUUUUCGAGUUUUUACAUUCCUAUGGUUGACUUUUUCCUACAUUCAGAACCAUCAGCAAAGUACUAUGUUCUAGAUCCCUCAUUCGCUAUGUACCUCAUUUAUUAUGCCGUCUUUGAGGCAUGUUUUUACUGUACAUUGAAGAACCGCUCAAUUGUGUCGAAAGGCGACGUCAAGUCAAACGCUAGGAGCAUCAAUCAAUCCGAGCUGCUUGGAGUUCGACUGAUGUAGUUUGUGACGAGGUAUAUCAGGACGACGGUUUCGUCGCUGGCUUUUGUCUGAUUACGUGCUCGGGAAGCCUUUCCCGUGUCGUUCUCCACCGUCACCUCGCCACAUCCGAAUGUUCGUUAGAAUUUUACUAUGACUCUUAACAUGCUGAGAUAUUUGUAAUUAAGCAUUUCCUUGCAGCAUAAAACUGGUAGAAGUUGUCGUGUAAUGUAAUUAGAUGAUUGUGAUGAAAGCGCAUGUCGCAAGUUCCUGUUGCUACCUAAGUAGGAGAGCCUAUAUGUACCUUCAUGAAACGCUGCCCGACUUUACGCUAUUGUCGGUUGUCUGUGCUGCUUAUGCCCGCUUGAGUUCAACAUCGAGAACUGAUUGUGUGCCAUUCUUCGUUGCAUCAGAUGGAUAGUUGCGUCAGUCGAGUCCAUUUCCUCGACAUCUUCGCAGUCAAAGGGCCGGCGGGUGUUUGCCGUUGGGGUCUAUGAUCUCUGGAAUCUCUCCCAUUGAUGUAUGGGACAGGUUACCAAAGUGGUUGUCAAAGGGGGAACUACGCCAAAUAUUAAUUCUCUGUAACUCGGUGGGCAAUUAGGCUUGUAGCAGCACUGUUGAGUAGCAGGUCGUUUCUGGCUUCUCGAUGAAGAAAACCUCGCACCAAAUAGCACCGCUAGAGUAUUUAAGCGGAUCGGAAUUUGUAAAAGAAGCGUCUGCUCUACCUAUGCGCAGAAUGAA